AUGAUCGCAGAGUGUAAGCCGGCGAAUGCCGUCCGGUCUUUGCCCUCACCUCCGACGAUUUUUGGCUCUCCUUCAGUCGAGAUGACUGAUAGGGCCUUGUCUACUGCAACCCCCCCCCCGGGGUCAUCCCCGACGGUGCUGCGCAUUCGCGGACCAGGUGAUCUGAAGCACCUUACGGACUACGUCGCUGCCGAGUACAUGGAAGCCUACCUCCUCCUGGAGAAGCAGUGGGAGAGGGAGCCGUGCCUGAACACGAGAGACUGUGAGCAUGUGAAAAAGGUUCGGUCUCAACGGAGGCCGCUAGGCGCUCACCGGUAUCUUCUUCUCUCAUUGUUUCUGGUGGUUGUUUUUCUACGAGGCUGCACGUAUUGGGGCUGGAACGGCGUUCAGGACAUGCUGUACAAGUCUGGGGCUUUUCUAUGGCUGUGCGAACCUACAAGCCUCGACAUUGUUUACCAGGAAGUCGGCGAUCAGCUCUACAUGGAUUGCCCGCCUAGGAAAAACGCCAUCAACGAUCUGUACACUGCAGCCUUCGCCGCGAACUUCAUUUUCUCCGCUGCAGGCGGAAUCAUUUUGGAUAAAAUCGGACCUAAGAUGACGGUGUUAGGAGCGAUUCUGGUGGAUGCUGUAGGGUGGGCCUUGCUUGCCGUUGCGUCUGCCUCAGUCAUGUCGUACGUCCCUGCCCUCAUCCUCAUCGGCAUGGCGGCGGAUCCUGGCUAUUUCUCUCUUCUGUGCGUGGCGAACUUAUUCCCCAAACAAGAAUCUACGGUGAUGGGAGUCAUGGGCUCGGUCCGCUCUCUCUCUUUUGCUCUCCCAGUGAUCAUGGCGGAAGUUUUCAAGGCAAGCAGCUUUUCGGGCGCGUCGCUCUGGAAGGUGUUGCUCUUUUACAUUCUUGUGGGGUUAGGUAUCUGCCUGUUCAUAUGUGUGCUCUUCGUCCCCUCAAAGGCCUUCAUGGGAGCCGAAGACUUCCGCAGGGAGGAAAGGAAGGAGCAAGUGACCUCUCUCAGGAAACGAAUCCUUACGUCGGUCCCCGCAAGCUUCUUCAAGCCGUGGAUGGACGAUACGACGCUCAACAAUGCCCCCAGCACUAGCGCUACCAACGCCAACAGCAACAACAACAGCAGCAGCACCGACCGGCAAUACAAACUGCUGCUAACGAAGGAAGAGUUCGAAAUCGUGGGGGCGACAUUUGUCGCAGUCGAGAAGGAAGAAGCGAAGCUGCAGCCGGAAGGGACUCUGCGCACAUGUCUUCUGGACGCGCGAUUUCUUCUUUUGAUGCCCGUUUUCGUGGUCAAUCUAUUGCGUGUCGAAUUUUAUACGAAAUCAAACAAGGAGCAAUUGGCGCUGCCAGAUGGACGCAAUCUGUAUGCAUUUUUCUCCAUCAUGAACAUUCUCUCUUUCAUCCCAGGGCCUCUCAUGGGAUACCUUAGUGACCGAUUCGGUGUCUGUGCAGUCUUGGCAUGCCUGAAUGUAGCGGGAAUGUGCAUGUACGCUCUCCUUAUGCCACUCUCUCUGGCUAGUCGUGCCCUAUCCGUGGUCUUCUUCUGGCUGUACGCGUCUUUCGUCCUGAGUAGCAUCUACUGCUAUAUCAAGACGCAUUUCCCAAACAGGGUGUUCGGAUCUCUGGCCGGCAUUUGCUCCCUCGUCGGCGGCUGUUUUGCGCUUACCAGCAUCGGUUGGUACCGACUGUCUACGGAGGUGCUGCUCAGCCUCAAACCUAAAAAUUUCUGGCCCGUCGAUGGCGUCAUGAUAGCGGGGGGAGGCCUCGUGUGCUGCUUCGUGUCUGCCCUCCUCUUCCUGGACAGAAAGCACAAGGCACGGAAGGCACAAGAAAUCUUACAGAAGGCGCAAGUGACGUGCAGUUCGAACGCCCUCGCCCUUACCUCUCAAACCAAAGAGGAAGAAGACGCAGAAGGAGAUGGACCAUGGGGGACCGUUGAGCAACUCACCGAAGACGACAAUGUCUAA